AAUUGGAAAUCCUUUUUCUCUCGACGGGUGUUCUGCCAGAUGAUCGAGAUUCGACAAGUUACCGAACCUUCUCACUAUCCUCACAGUAAAAUAAACUCUACCCACCAUUUUAUGAUCUCAAUUAAGUUUAUAACACAAAAAAACUAUAGUGGCGUUUUAGUUGAGGAAAAUGGCAUCUGCAGAGAGUAACUCUGUUAGAAUUUUCUGUAUUGGAACAGCUGAUACUAAACUCGAUGAGCUUCGUUUCCUAGCCGAAUCUGUUCGAUCCACUCUUAAAACCUUCUCCAAUAAAUCCUCGUCUAAGGUAGGAGUGACAGUUGUUGAUGUCUCAACCAGCUUGAAGGAGACAGAUAGUUGUGCUGAUUUUGAUUUUGUACCAAGGAAGGAUGUGCUGUCAUGCUAUGCACGAGGGGGAGAAUCUGUGGUCCAGCUUCCAGAUGAUAGAGGCCAAGCUAUUGCGAUUAUGAAUAAAGCUCUUGAAACUUUCCUGAUGAAGGCUCAUAAUGACCAGAUUCUUGCCGGAGUGAUUGGCCUUGGGGGUAGUGGAGGAACAUCUCUAUUGUCAUAUGCCUUCCGAUCGCUUCCAAUUGGGAUCCCGAAAGUUAUAGUAUCAACAGUUGCUAGUGGCCAAACUGAAUCUUAUAUUGGAAUAUCAGACUUGGUAUUAUUUCCUUCAGUUGUAGAUAUUUGUGGGAUUAACAAUGUCAGUAAGGUUGUUCUAUCUAAUGCGGGUGCAGCUUUUGCUGGAAUGGUGAUUGGAAGGCUUGAAAGAUCGAAAGAGCAUAGCAUCACUAAUGAAAAGCUUACAGUUGGUGUAACUAUGUUUGGGGUUACAACUCCUUGUGUUAAUGCUGUCAAAGAAAGAUUAGCUAAAGAAGGAUACGAGACUUUGGUUUUCCACGCCACUGGUGUCGGGGGCAGGGCCAUGGAGGAUCUUGUUAGAGGAGGUUUUAUACAGGGCGUGUUGGAUAUUACGACAACUGAGGUUGCAGAUUACAUAGUUGGAGGAGUUAUGGCAUGUGAUGGUUCCCGAUUUGAUGCAAUAUUAGAGAAGAAGAUUCCUUUGGUUCUGAGUGUGGGAGCAUUGGAUAUGGUGAAUUUUGGUCCUAAAACGACCAUCCCUCCCGACUUUCAGCAAAGAAAGAUUCAUGAACAUAAUGAGCAGGUUUCCCUAAUGCGUACGUCGGUGGGUGAAAAUAAGAAAUUUGCUGCAUUUAUAGCAGAAAAGUUGAACAAGGCAUCAUCAAGUGUAUGUGUUUGCUUACCAGAGAAAGGUGUCUCUGCAUUGGAUGCACCAGGGAAAGCCUUUUAUGAUCCUGAGGCAACUAGUUGUCUUACACAUGAGCUACAGAUGCUUCUUGAAAAUAGUGAACGCUGUCAGGUUAAGGUCUUUCCUUACCAUAUCAAUGAUGUGGAGUUCGCAAAUGCUUUAGUUGAUUCAUUCUUGGAAAUCUCUCCGAAAUCUAGACAUGUUGAAUAUCAGCCAGCCGAGUCCAAAUCUAUCCAAGACAUUCAGAAUGAUAACGCUGUCCCUCAGAAAUAUUCCUCAUGCGGCGGAACAAACUUUUCUCGCCUGAAUGACUUUCCAAAUGCAAAACCAGAAACUUUGCAGAAAAGAAUUGUGAUACUGCAGAAAUUGAAAGAUCAAAUAAGUAAGGGCAAGCCCGUUAUUGGGGCUGGUGCUGGUACAGGUAUUUCUGCUAAGUUUGAGGAAGCUGGUGGUGUAGAUUUGAUUGUCUUGUACAACUCGGGGCGCUUUAGGAUGGCAGGAAGGGGAUCCUUAGCUGGUCUAUUGCCUUUUGCUGAUGCAAAUGCCAUUGUACUUGAGAUGGCCAACGAAGUAUUGCCUGUGGUUAAGGAAGUGGCUGUUCUGGCUGGAGUUUGUGCUACUGAUCCUUUCCGCAGGAUGGAUAACUUCCUGAAGCAGUUGGAAUCUGUUGGAUUCUGCGGAGUGCAAAACUUUCCUACUGUUGGUCUAUUUGAUGGUAACUUUAGACAAAAUUUGGAAGAAACUGGAAUGGGUUAUGGCUUGGAGGUUGAGAUGAUUGCAACAGCUCACAGGAUGGGCCUUUUGACAACCCCAUAUGCUUUCUGCCCAGAUGAAGCCGUUGCUAUGGCUAAAGCUGGUGCCGACAUCAUAGUGGCCCAUAUGGGGCUUACAACAUCUGGUUCAAUUGGUGCAAAAACAGCUGUCUCAUUGGAGGGAAGUGUAACUUGUGUCCAAGCUAUCGCAGAUGCUACUCAUAGGAUAAAUCCUGAUGCUAUUGUGCUCUGCCAUGGAGGCCCUAUAUCUAGCCCUGAAGAGGCAGCAUAUGUACUGAAGAGAACCACAGGAGUUCAUGGAUUUUAUGGCGCUUCAAGCAUCGAGAGACUACCAGUUGAGCAAGCUAUAACUGCAACUGUCCAGCAGUACAAAUCUAUUUCUAUGGAGUGAGAUGAAAUGGGUUUAGGUUCCUUAAAAGUCCGAAACCUAUAUGUAUGAUCUUCACCUCUUUCUUUAUAUAUUAGUCUUGUUCCUCUUAAGCUCUUCACUGUUGAAAGAAAUUUGUAGCUUGAACCUGAGAUUGAUGAUGUAUGAUGCAGAUCGCGUAUGUGCAAUAUCUCUUUUUUGUCUAA